GUUUCUGCUGGAGGCUCUGGAGGACCUGGACAGCAGUCUGAAGAAGCUCAACUCCAGAUUGUUUGUAGUCAGAGGGCAGCCCACUGAUGUUUUUCCAAGGCUUCUAAAGGAGUGGCAAGUGACCAGGUUGACGUUUGAAUAUGACUCAGAGCCAUAUGGGAAGGAGAGGGAUGGAGCCAUCAUCAAGAUGGCCCAAGAGUUUGGAGUGGAGACUGUUGUCAGAAACUCACACACCCUCUACAACCUGGACAGGAUAAUAGAGAUGAACAACAACAGUCCUCCUCUGACCUUUAAGCGCUUUCAGACCAUUGUGAGCCGACUGGAGUUGCCCAGGAGACCUCUGCCUCCCAUCACCCAGCAGCAGAUGGACAAAUGUCGCACUAAAAUAGCCGACAACCACGACCAGCUAUACAGUAUACCAUCACUGGAAGAACUAGGUUUCAGGACGGAAGGUUUACCUCCAGCUAUUUGGCAGGGAGGAGAGUCAGAGGCCUUGGACAGACUCAACAAACAUCUGGACAAAAAGGUGUGGGUGGCCAACUUUGAGCACCCUCGGGUCAACACAUGCUCCCUGUAUGCCAGUCCUACCGGCCUCAGCCCCUACCUGCGCUUCGGCUGCCUGUCCUGCAGGGUUUUGUACUACAACCUCAGAGAGCUCUACAUGAAGCUCCGUAAGCGUUGCAGUCCUCCUCUGUCCCUGUUUGGCCAGUUGUUAUGGAGGGAGUUCUUCUACACAGCCGCCACCAACAACCCAAACUUCGACCGCAUGGAUGGAAACCCCAUCUGUGUCCAG